UGUGCUUUCCGCACCAGGUGCGGCUGUUGUUUUCUACAGGCUGUUGCAGUGCGUAGGUAGUACUCUGUAGGUACUAGGUAGGCACUAGGCAGCGCCGCAGCAAUAUUAUAGCUUUCGGUCUGCUUUAGUUACUUAAUUUUAUCAAGCGUACAAGUUUCACUCUUGUAUGACCGCGUGCGCUCCUUUUUUUCUGAGUAGUUUGUAUGCUUUACAUUGUUAAUCUGCUAGUACGCGUGGAUGCAUUUAUAGGACUCGCGUGGGACGUGAUACAGUUUUCUUGCCAGUUGUAUCACUCAUCAGUGCCGUUGCUGCCAUCGCACACAUGCGCAGCACGGAUGAAAUCGAAAGCCAUAAAUCGGUUUUAUAUUUUGCGAGUAGGUUUCUGACAAAUCUGGAGUAGGCUAUUGUUAUGAUUUAUGUGUGGUGUGAUUACGAAUUUUACAGUACAGAUAGCGUGGCUGUACAGCCUGUAAGUACUUACCAGCUAUCACUACCACUACAAGUACAGAAACAUCCAGCCGCAAAUAAUUCCAACUGUAAGUGGGUUUUCUUGGCUGUUAUUUGACUGACCAUGAGUUGCUAUUGGUUUAUUUGGGUUUAAUGCGCAGUCUUGCAGUACACUGAUUUCGAUGAAUUCGAAAUCUAAAGAGAAAUCUGGAUUUCUAGUAGUUUCUACUUCUUUGAUAUCGAUAUCUUACUGCAUGUAUGUGUAGAUACAACACGUAUGCACUGCUCUUAUAAAUAAGUACUGAGGGGAUACGCGAGUAAGAUGGAUGACCUUUCGGUGUUAUAUAUACUUAAACUCAGUGACUGAUUCAACACUCCUUUAGCAGUGAAAUUGCCUGGUGGUUGUUUCUGGAUAUAUAUAUGUGAUGUAGAGUAUCUGUCGUUAAGGAAACGUACCAGCAGCAUAACAAGAGACCUACCGCACGCUUAACAUCGUGAUCCCGGCCCUGCCUUCGCCGGCGGAGACUAAUCGAGAGUGAGCCGAUAAUCGCGUGACCGUGAGAUGUGGCUGUCCGGAGCGAGUGAAGCGACGUCAGACCAUGCAGGGCGAAUAGUCCUCAGCCGUGUAUAAUAAUUACUGGACUGCUGCAGUAAAGCGCAUACAUGUGACGUCAUUGCCUCAAUGCCAAGCCGAAGGCAUCUAAUUCAUAUCGCUAAUGCCGGUAGCGGGCUUCUGGCGGAGGUCACGCUGCUAGUUUUGCUGCUAUUUUCGCUUGAAUGCGAUGGGCGUGCUGUGGGCGGAGUGCCUAGACAGUCGCUGCAGCAAGGAGCGGCAGGCGGAUCCUUCGUGAGCAGACACGUGGAAGUGCCGGAUCGCCGCCGGAAACGACGGGAUCGCGGCGAUCCGGCGCCGGUUCCGGUACUGCAUCCGUUCGUGUACGGCUUGAUGGAUGGCUUCCUGGAGAGCACGGCAGAAGCGGUCAUCUCCGAAGACACUUACGGCUACGGCCGACCGGCUGCAGCGGCUGACUGGUUCGCCUCGCGCUUGCGCGCGGACCACGCCUCCAGUGGGAACGAUUAUUUCAGCCAGCCGUUUGAAGCAGCUGCGGGAGACGCAGAAGAGCGCGAUAAUUACGCUCACAAAACGCCUCCUUACUCCGCGAAGGGAAUCCAGUACAGCGGGAAGGGGAUCGGCAGGCAAAUUGGUCAGCAGUUCGCGCAGGAGAACUAUUACCAGGACCAGUUAAAAGACCUACAACGACCCUCUGCCGCUCCAUAUGAUUACGCCGGUGGAAAGAGCGUGAUUGGUUUGCCGGGAUAUUAUUUCAACAAGUACGUGGGCAGCAGUGGCGGAAAGGUGUCCAGUGUGGAGGAAGGCUAUCCAGCGCCGGUGUCUGCCGUUAAGCCAUUCACUGCCACCGUCAGCAUCGACAAAGCUGCUCCGUCUUCGUACAUCGACGUGGCCAAGGCGAACGGCAUCUACACCGGCUACAAGGACUACAACGCCGCUAAUAACGUCGACACCCGAGACUUCUACAAUCCGGCGGAAAUGGCGCCGGAUGCGGCCGCCUACCGAGGACACGGCGUUGAUAAUAGUUAUCAGCAGCCUCUCUAUCCGGCGAAUGGCGGUUACGGUUACGCGGACGCUGCACCGCCCGUGCCACCCAUGCAGCCCGGCUGGACAGCGGAGCAGCUGUACGGAUUGGUCGCCGAUACGAUCAUUUUAUCGUGGAUCCUGGACCUUUAACCACUGUAAUAUCUGCAGUGCCUGCAUGCUUGCAGUUGCGCCCAUGUGCCGGCAUGUUCGACGGAAGGUGUGCAGUAGUCAAUUUCCACCGCUUCCGCUUUGCUGAUUUGAGCGGUACUGGAUACGCUUUGCUCUGGUCCGCCUUCGCUCAGAUGUGCUUAGAGAUUCUUCUAAUGAAACGAUAGCUGCUCAAUUAGCCUGAUAUCAGGUUUGGGUAACAUGAACAACGUAAAAAAGGCGCGCUGUUUUUUGCGUAUGACAAGAAUGCGCACACUUUCUGACUGAAUAAAAUGACGAACAGACUGGCAUAUGGACCAAUACCAUUACUAUUUGCAGAUUUUUAUUAUUCCGAUUCCCUUGUAUAUUAUUAUCUGAUGCAUAUAAAAAUAAUAUUAUAUUAUCAGCAUGGCAGGAUAGCUUGUACGUAUAUAUUUUGUGAUACGCGCGGUCUAAUGUUGACCAUUCUCAUAUUUUCAGCGCCUUAGGGUUUCUUUAAGACGUUGCGUUACAGCGGCAUAUAUAAAAAUAAAGUGCAAUAAUAAUAUUAUUAUUAUCGUAGCAAGAUAGUAC